AUGGCAGAAGACAAAUUACCCGCCUUUUCCAUUGAUGGACUGCAAUGGUGUCUCAAGGAACUAGACAAGGAAGAAUUUCAGACAUUUAAGGAAUUACUAAAGAAAAAGUCUUCAGAAUUGACAAAGAGCUCUAUUCCAUUGGUUGAAGUGGUUAAUGCCGAUGUGGAACAUCUGGCCUUCCUCUUGCAUGAGUAUUACACAGGACCUCAUGCCUGGGAAAUGUCCAUUAACAUCUUUGAAGAGAUGAACCUGCCAACACUCUCUGAGAAAGCAAAGGAUGAGAUGAAAAAACAUUCUGUGGCUGAAAUACCAGGAGAUUUUGAGCCAAUAAAGACUGACCAAGGACCAAGCAAGGAAGAAGGAUCAGAAAUUUCACAAGCUAUGGAAAUAGAUGGUGCCACAGAGGCAGAGACAGAAAAACAAGAAAUUUCACAAGCUAUAGAACAAGGUGGUGCCACAGCAGCAGAGACAAAAGAACAAGGAGGUGACAGGUGGGACUACAGGCGCCACGUGAUGACCAAAUUCUCCACGAAGAUGGAUGUUGACCACGAUCCUGAAAAAUAUGCUUCUGACUGGAGGGAAACGCAAACAAUGCUGGCUGGCGCUUUCAAUCCAGACCAGGGGGGCUUCCGGCCCCGCACUGUGGUUCUGCACGGAAAAUCGGGAACUGGGAAAUCGGCUAUGGCCAGAAGGAUCAUGCUGGUGUGGGGCAAGGGCCUCAUUGACCAGCAGUGGGAAACUUUCUGCCGUGUGCUCUGCAACCACCGAAACCUGCAACAUCUCGACCUGGGCACCAGCAUCCUCACUGAAUGGGCCAUGAAGAAACUCUGUGCCGAGCUGAAGAGUCCAACCUGUACAGUACAGAAUCUAGUAUUCAGAGAUACGCAGAUUAUGGCUGGUCUCCAACAUCUCUGGCUCACUCUUAUCAGCAACCAUCACAUAAAAUGCCUCAACUUGGGAAGCACCCUCCUGAAGGAUGAAGAUGUAAAAGCAGCGUGUGAAGCAUUAAAACACCCGAAUUGUUUCCUGGAGUCUUUGAGGUUGGAUCUCUGUGCAAUAAGCCAGGCCGGUUACCUGAUGAUCUCCCAAGUCCUUACCACACGGUCCAUCAGCCUAAACUACCUCGGCCUAGCAGGGAAUAAGGUGACGGACGAGGGUGUGAAGCCUCUCUUCGAGGCCUUGAAGGCCCCACAGUGCACCCUGCAGAAGCUGACGUUGGAGAGCUGCAGCCUCACAGCUGUGGGCUGCCAUGCCCUGGCCUCAGCCCUGGACAGCAACCGGAGCCUGACGCACCUGUGCCUGUCCAGCAACCAUUUGGGCAUCGAGGGCAUGUACAUGCUGUGCCAGUCCAUAAGGCUGCCCAGCUGCAGUCUGCGGAGGCUGAUACUAAACCAGUGUGGCGUCAACGUCGACACCUGUGAUUUCCUUGUGAUAGCGAUGAUGGGCAACACACUCCUGACACACCUGAGUCUGAACUGGAACCCACUGCAGGACGAGGGCGUGAACCUUCUGUGCAAGGUCAUGCUGAAAACGUGGUGUCAGCUGCAGGACCUGGAGUUGGUGGGGUGCCACCUCACCGCUGCUUGCUGCACAAAUCUGUCCUCUGUGAUCACGAGAAGCAAACACCUGAAGAGCUUGGACCUUGCCUCCAAUGCCGUGGGUGACAGUGGGGUUGCGGUGCUCUGCGAGGGACUGAAGCACGAGAAGGGCUCUCUGAGGAGACUCGGGUUGCAGGCAUGUGGAUUGACCUCCAAUUGCUGCGAGGUGCUCUCCUCCACCCUCUCCUGCAACCAGAGCCUGACCAGUCUGAACUUGGUGCAGAACAGCUUCAGUCCCGAAGGAAUGGUGAAGCUGUGCUCAGCCUUUGCACAUCCCCUCUGUAGUCUACAGGUCAUUGGGCUGUGGAAGUGCCAGUACCCCGUGCAAGUGCAGAAGCUCCGCCUGUGUUGGGACGUGUGCAAGCUCCCGUCUUCCAGGCGGCGGAAGACUUUGACUACCUCGAGGCGUUGGGAAGCUGCAGGUGCCGGCUGCCAGCCGCAAGAGAGCUCCCGGCAGCAGAGACAAUAUCCGGAUUUGUAUCUAACUCCUUAUUUCUUAUUUGGUUCUGAUUCCAACAGUAGACAGGAAGGUGAUGAUGAGUCUGUAAAACCCCCAGCCCUGUGA